GCCUACUGACAGUGGAGGAGGCCCAGCAGAGGACUCUUUGCCCAAGGUUUCCUUAAACAUGGUGCUGGAAAUGAGUGCACCCUAAGACUCCUGUAGAAAAACAAGGACAGGAAAUGCAGGGACACAAUGCCCAGACCAGUUGAUCUGCAGUGCAGCAUAGAAUCAACAGCUAGUGGAAGGCAAGUCCCAGAGUCUGGGGUGUGUCCAAGGCCUGUUCUCAAUUAAGAUGCUGUGACCCCGACUGAGGCUGACGACAAGAGCUGGCCAGAACAUCCCAGAAAUCUGAACUGUAAAACACAUCCCGGAAUCAUCCUCACAAUCUUACUGCUAUGAUGUGCUGUUGUAAGGAGAUGGUGGCUAUCCUAAGUGGGCGAAUGCCCUGACCUUGUAGCUAAUCCAAGUGUAUUCUCAAUCUUCUUCCAUCAAGAAUGGUCAAAUCUUCAGCCUAAUUCCUUUCUUUUGUUGCUUUGCCAGGGCACAGGGCACUUGGCAUGGUAAGUGUGAGAUGUUAAGGCUUGGCAUGCAGCUCAUGUCCCCCCCCACCCUGUCCCUCCUCCAGCCUUUCACACGCACAUGCUGAGGGACAGCUAACCCUCUUGUAUAAAACUCAUUGCAGCACAGAGAGAGAAAUCUGUCUGAGUCUGCAGAACCUGGAGAAAAAAUCUGACCAUGGAAGGGCACAGACUGUCGUCCUAUGGAAGGCGCUUUGGCGCACAGUCUUCCUCCAUCCACCACGCCUUGAGGUUCUCGCCAGGCCGCAGGUACCUGUCUUCAAGCCCCAGUACCCGGCUCUCUGUCACCAAGUUGAAGACUUCCAGCCUCAGCUUCCGUGCUGGCCCCAAGUUCUCCCCAGACAAGGUGGAUUUUUCCUUGGCUGAUGCCCUCAACACUGAAUUCAAGGAGACCCGCACCAAUGAGAAGGUGGAGAUGAUGGAGCUGAAUGAUCGCUUUGCCAGCUACAUUGAGAAGGUCCGCUUCCUAGAGCAGCAGAACAAAGUCCUGGUGACUGAGCUCAACCAGAUCCGAGACAAGGAACCCACCAAGUUGGCCAACAUCUACCAGGAGGAGGUGAGGGAGCUACGACUUCAAGUCGACCAGCUCACCAACUCUAAGGACCGGCUGGAGAUCGAGAGGGACAACCUGUUAGAAGACCUCAACAGCCUCCGCCAAAAGUUACAAGAUGAGAUUAAUCUGCGCCUUGAAGCUGAAAACAAUUUGUCUUCCUACCGACAGGACGUUGAUGAUGCCGCACUAGCUCGGAUGGAUCUGGAACGCAAAGUCGAAUCACUGCAGGAGGAAAUCAACUUCCUAAAGAAAAUCCAUGAUGAGGAGCUUCAGGAGCUGCAGCAGCACCUGCAGCAGCAGCAGCAGCAGCAGGUCCAUAUUGAGAUGGACAUGGCCAAGCCAGACUUGACAUCUGCCCUGCGCGAGAUCCGCAUCCAGUACGAGUCUCUGGCCUCAAACAACAUGCAUGAGACUGAGGAGUGGUACAAGUCUAAGUUUGCAGACCUGACUGAUGCAGCAGCACGAAACAUUGAGGCCCUGCGCCUAGCCAAGCAAGAAGCCAAUGAGUACCGCCGGCAACUGCAAGCCCUCACCUGCGACUUGGAGUCCCUGAGAGGAUCGAACGAAUCUCUGGAGAGGCAGCUGAGGGAGAUGGAAGACCGCUAUGCCCUCGACACUGUCAGCUACCAGGACACGGUGAUUCGGUUGGAGGAAGACACCCGGAGCCUCAAGGAGGAAAUGGCCCGUCACCUCCAGGAAUAUCAGGACCUCCUCAAUGUCAAAUUGGCAUUAGACGUUGAGAUUGCCACCUACCGCAAACUCUUGGAGGGAGAAGAAAGCAGGAUCACCAUUCCAGUACAGACCUUCUCCAAUCUUCAGAUUCGAGAAACCAGUCUGGACACAAAGUCAGUUUCUGAGGCCCACCUGAAGAGGAGCAUUGUGGUCAAAACUGUGGAGACAAGAGAUGGAGAGGUGAUCAAGGAGUCCACCCAGGAGCACAAGGAAGCGGUGUGAAGCAGGCAGCCAUGAAGUGAAAGCCACAUGAGUGGAGCAGAGGAGGACACCUGUAGCUGUAGGAUGCUAGGAGAGCUUGCCUCCUUUCUGAUGCUUCAGCCACAGAUGCGCAGCAAACACACUGAAUAUGUCACUGCUGGAGAACCAGCAAGGGGUGGGAAACAUUUGCAAACUUAACUAUUCAUGAGGAAGUAUAACCAGCUGCCUAUCAGGCCUCAUUUGCCUGGUGCUUCAGCCAUUGUAGGCAGGGUUUGGGGCACCAACCCAUCUCUUUCAUCUUCUGUGCUUUGAUCACUGUGUCUUGUAAUGCGUCCAGGCAGGCACAGUGUUUAGACUGUGCUGUAGCUUGCCUAGAUAUUGCCUUGGUCUUAACAUCAAAAUCUGAUGCUUCUCAAUAA